AUGACCGUCGAUUACUCGAGCGAUCUGUUGAGAAACGUUCAUCGCGAUAUCCCUGCACCGGAAGGCGGUCAAAGUUUCUUGGUCCGAGGUGAUUACGAGUAUUGGCACUACGGUUGCGACGGUUUUAACGACAAGGGCUGGGGUUGUGGAUACAGAACGUUGCAGACUAUAUGCUCGUGGGUUGUAAGAAACCGGAAUUUGAACCAAUCCGUUCCAAAUAUCAGACAUAUACAAGAAGUGCUGGUCACGUUGGAUGAUAAGGAACAGUCGUUUAUCGGGUCGAGGGACUGGAUAGGCAGCUUCGAAGUAUGCCUCGUGUUGAAUCAUUUGUACGAGGUUCUCAGUAAAAUCGUGCACGUCCGAAAUGGCAAAGGACUGCGGGAUCAAGUUUCAAUUAUCAGAGGCCACUUCGAGGAAUUCGGUAGCCCGGUUAUGAUGGGCGGCGAUAAGGAUUGCUCGAGCAAGUGCGUCGUAGGAAUCCACGAGGGCCCGAGGAACACCUAUUUGUUAAUCGUGGAUCCGCAUUUUGUUGGCAAAGCAUAUGGAACCAAGCAAUUGGAGAAUCAUCGCUGGGUGAAAUGGCAAUGUCUGGAUGAUUUCAUCGACAGUUCCUUUUACAAUCUCUGUUUGCCUCAGAUCAAGUUUAUGAGUGGAAACAAUAAAUAA